AGGAAGCAAGACUGACCAGAACAAGGAGGGACAGCGACAGCACCAGGUCACCAUUCCUCGGUAAGCAGAUGCUGAGGAAUCCAAGGGGGCCGGUUCACAGUUCCGUAAGAGCAUGAGCAAUUUGUCCUUGAGCUCCUGACCGUAGAAGAAGAUUGGGACCUCCGAGCAUCAAUCAACAGCCAACAGAGAGCAAGAGACUCACUAAAUCGACGCCUUGUAAUCAGAAGUGUAUGAUGUUCUCGUCAUUUGCUUUUUUUCCCCCUUUUUAUUUUAUUCCUUGCCUCACUCGAAAUCUACAUGGUUCCCCUGAAGCAUUUUUAUCGCGGUGGCUCAGUUCAACUCUCUCUCUCCGGGGCUAGCUUCAUCUUGAUCGUUCGAGACCGGGAAAGUCCACCCGGCAGUAGGAUGAUAAGGUCUGACCUUUUUCUCCAGGACAUUUCGGUCGUGCGUCAUCAUUCGAGAGUUAGUGGGCAUCUGAAGUACUUGCCCGCAAUGUGAAAAUCAGAUGUACUCAGGAAAUAGUGCAUUUGAUCAUCCACCUUCACUGCGAUCCGACAUCUAAGAAGCCGGGAACUAUAAACAUACAAUGCAAAAUCUGGAAUAUUAAUACGGAAUGAUGGAGGAUUGUGAUAAAAUUAUAGCAAUGAUUAGGCCACUAGAGACCUAAUCAGAUAUCGGUAACUGAGCUCUUUGAAUGAGAUAACACGAAAAAUUACACCACACCGAGACAAUAUAAUCACUCGUGAGUCUGAUACUUGUUUGAGGGAUUUGACUUUUUUACCGAAAAACGAACCAUUGGAUCUUUAGCUAUCAAAAUCCCGAGCAGCAUAACACGUCCAUAUCAUAUGAUCUUAAUUCUGUGAGGUCAAAGUUAGGAAAGGUGUCGAGGUCAGGCAAGUGAUUUACGAAUGUUGCUGCUC